AUGAUUCCAUCUACAAGCAAAACCUUUUUGGUGAAUGACCUGGCACCGGGAAGGGACUAUGACCUGUGUAUUUUGGCAGUCUACGAUGAUGGAAUUACUUCAAUGACUGGCACUAGAGUGGUGGGCUGUGUCCAAUUCACGACAGAGCAAGAAUACACCCAAUGUCAUUCAGUACAUACCCAGUUCCUUGGUGGGACCAUGAUCAUCAUCAUUGGUGGCAUCAUUGUUGCCUCUGUGCUGGUCUUCAUCAUCAUCCUUAUGAUCAGGUAUAAAGUCUACAAUAACACUGGGGAACACAAGACUGUGGUGAGCAACAUGUGCUCACAGACCAAUGGGGGUCAGAAUGGAGGAAUGACACGGUCAAGCUCAAAGCUCACUGAAGGUUCAGAGCCACAGCUACCCAAGGAGGGCACGGACUAAGGCAAAUCUGACUGGCAGUGGGCAGAAUUUGAACUCUGAUGACACUGUCUUGGAGAGCAAGAGAACCACUUGCAGCAGCACAGAAUGGAUGUUGGAAAGCACAGUGUGAGCUCAACAUCACUCACGGGACUACAACAACAGACCUUCAUUAAUGCAGGGCUAUCAUUAGCAUGGAGGUAAACCUUUCAAAGGAGUGAUCAGGCAGGAAACCUCGGAUGUGUCGCUAUGCAUCUGCAGCGGUGCCUUAGACUACCACAAUACGGGGACCUGGGAGUGGAAAGGUUCACUGCUGCCAAUGCCAGUGCCCCAAGGGCAGGACCAUAGCCACGUUCACAGAAGGAGUUGCUGUUGUUUUCUUUUGUCUCUCCCAUCAGUGUUGCAAGUCUUUGCAAUCCAAAGGGAUUUGCGUUCAAUCAUAGGUGCAUUUGGAGGACUUCACAGUACACCAGAGAGGAUCCGUCACUCGAGAAACUACCGUCAUUAUCACUCUCAUCUCAACUAAGACACAGCUUUGAUGUUUAAUGAAACCAGAAAAUAAGACAUAUAUAAGCAGAAAUUCAUAGAAAGACGGGGGGAGGGGGGAUGGUUGAUAUAUGUUGGACAGCUUUCAAAUUCAAAAUUAAUUCAUGUUUGAUAUUUGUUGUAUCUGGCUGGCCUGGAUAAAUUUCUGUGCAAGUGUAAUGUACUAUAUAUCUAUAUAUCUGUCUUUAUAUAAAAAUACAGAUAUUUAUAUGAUAUAUGUAUCUGUAUUCUACAUUUAUAUCUAGUAAAGAGUUGUACCACCCAUGAUUUUUUAAAGAUGCUGUUGAUGAACAUGUUUUUAUAUUAAAAACCUGUGCCAUCA